CAAGGCUUUGGAGGUGAAGGCAUCGGCGCAUCAAAUUCACUCGAAGAUCAGGAUGUUGCGGGACAAGAUCAGGCGAUAAAACCUUUGAAGGAAGAAGGUGGUGAGGAGGUGGAGGGAGUCGUGGCCGACGAAGCAGAACCAGAUGUGGAGGAAGGUCUGGAAGCUGCAGAUAAGAGGGAUGACGAAGAAGGAAUGAUUUGA